CCGGAUAUAAUUGGACAAAGUCACUUCAUGUCUGUGGGUCAAGUCCUACCGGUAGUUCUGUGAAAACAACCAAACACGCGAUCAAACAACUAAUCAAAACAGUCUUGGGGGGCAACAAACUGAAACAUGGGUGAAAGAUUUCGAAACCUCGACAAAAACUUUGUUUGCUCCUUUUUCAAUUGCAAAGCAUCUUUUUCAAAGUCUUGGAAGUUGGAGGCCCAUCUGUGCAAACACACGGGACUGAGGCCAUUUGCGUGUGUGAGCUGUGACAAGAGCUUUUGCACCCGUUACCAACUCACCAGGCACCACCUGACUCAUAGUGGAGAGAAGCCCUACCGGUGCUCAGUGGAAGGAUGUCCUCAAACUUUUGCCUCCAAUGGCAGCAUGAAAAACCACGUUGUCCGUGUUCACCUGCAGAAAGACAACCAAUAUGUGUGUGAAAUUGAUGGAUGUGGCAAAGAAUUCCGUAAGAGAACCCAUCUGAAGACCCACCAGUAUGAGCACACGAACAUCUUUCCUUUUGAGUGCAAUUUCCAAGGAUGCAACCAGAGGUUUAUAGGCAUUAAGCCACUGCAGAAACAUGGCAAGGUCCAUGAUGGUUACCCUUGUGCUGAGAGCGGCUGCUCCUUCAAGGGCAACACCUGGUCUGAGUACCAGAAGCACCGGAAGCAGCACAGACCCGUUCUGCACUGUGACAGUUGUAAGAAGGUGUUCCGUGAGACCUGCUUCCUGCAGAUACACCGACAGAGGGUCCACCUGGGGGAGCAGCGAGUGUUCUGUUGCAUUGAGCAGGGGUGCCAGAAGAGCUACACCACAGAGUUCAACCUGAAGAGCCAUGUUCUUUCCGUCCACGAAGGCAAAACGCCUUUCAAAUGCCCCCAUUCAGGCUGCAAUAAGGCCUUCGCCAUGAAGGAAAGCCUGAGGCGUCAUGGAGUGGUUCACGACCCAGAGAAAAAGAAAAUGAAGAAGAAUGGCGCUCCUAAAGCUAACAAGGCAGCUAAUUCUGCUGCGGUCCCUGAUGCUUCCAAAAUUGCUGCCAGUCUACAGAGCUUGACCCUGGCCAAGCCCAAACCUACAGACGAGGCCAAGGCCAAGCCUACAGACAAGGCCAAAGCUAAACAUGCAGGCAAGCCCAAACCCAGGCCCAAGUGUUAAAGGGGUGCCACUCAGAGGCCUGACCUUCAUCCAUCCUUACCUUUUUUGUUUAGUUUCAAUCCCUCUUUAUUUUCAACCCCUCUUUAUUUUCAACUUCUCACUAAUAAAUCAUUCACUGCA